AUGGUAAAUAUUUCGCUAUGGCUGGCGGCUGUCCUUGCCGGCAGUAUUAGCCCAGCUUCCGCAAGCCCAAAGCAGAAGGAUUCAGUAUACAACACGGGCUUUCCUGGUGUGACCUGGGAUAACAGUGCUUGGACCUUGACAAGCACUCAUGCCAACAACACGGACUGGUUUUCUCAGUCGUUCGUUUCCAACGGCUACAUUGGCGCAAGCUUUGCCUCCACUGGGCCAUUCCCACACAACUACGGCCCUCCGAGCGUCCCAUAUUUUAAUGAUCAUGUCACUUUUUCCACCAUCGCCGGGUUUUAUGAUCGACAACCGAAUGUUACUUUUGCGGCGGAUCCUUGGCUUAGCCAAUAUGGAUGGGAAAGUUCCAUAGCCGGGAUCCCUUCUUGGGGCUCCAUAGUGCUUGAUCUAGGGAACGGCAUAUACCUUGACGGCACAACUGAUGAGGCCGAGCUCUCAAAUGUGACUUUGCAGCAAGAUUACAAGCAGAGUAUUGCCAGCUACUCCUACACUUGGUCACCGAAAAAGCUGCCCGGGGCAGCGAUCGACGUUUCCUAUAUGGUACUGGCCGACAGACUACAUCCGAAUCGGGCUUACGUGCGAAUGAGCAUCACAUCCUCAACAGCCAUGUCCGCCAAGGUGGUGAACAUUAUUGAUGGGGCUACGGCUCUGCGAACAGACUUUGUUGAAAAAGGCAUGAACGAACGGUUCAUUCACACGGCCAUCCGUCCAGAAGGAGUGAGUAACGUGACAGGCUGGAUCUUUUCCACGCUGGACAGUCCCAAUGCGAACAUGUCAGCUUUGCGACAGAGCACAGAUGAGCCGUACAUCAGUAUGAGUGCCUCCACCGUUGCCCAAGAAAUGGAAAUAAAACUUCAGUCGCACCGACCGGUCAGUGUAGUCAAGUACGUGGGCAUUGCAAGUUCCGACGCCUUUGAAGAUCCCGAAGAAUGGGCACUCAGACAAGCGAAGGCAGCGGUAGCAAGCGGGUUUGAGAAGUCCUUACAAGGCCACGUCCAAGAGUGGAGGGAGCUAUUUCCUACAACUGCUGUUACCAGCUUUGCUGACCCGGAAUCCCACCGACUUCCUGCGCACUUGGUGGACCGGCAAAUCACGACGGUCGUUGCAGCGGCGAUGCUGCUGAUGACCAGCGUUACCGAAAAUAACCUUGCCCAGGUUAACAACGCACCCAUAAACAUGUAUGGUUUUGGCGUAUGCGGGCUGCUCUCGGAUUGUUACGGCGGCCAGCGAUAUUGGGACCAGGAUAUAUGGAUGGGUCCUUAUCUUUUCGCCACGAAUCCAGUCGCUGCGAAGCAGAUACCACUCUCUCGAACAUACUUCUACCACCAGGCACAGGCUAAUAUUGGAACAGCCUGGCAAGGUUCGAAACGAAACUACACAUUCUCACCCGGCGCCGCCAACUUCGCCUGGUCGCAAGGGCGUGAUGGUAACUGCACGGCCUUUGCCCCCUGCUGGGAUUAUGAAUAUCACAACAAUGGGGACAUCGUCAUGGCCUUUAUCGACUAUUGGGCGGCUUCUGGCGACGAUGAGUUUUUCAAAGAGUCGCUGCUUCCCAUCACGAAUUCAAUUGCUACCUUCUACUCCGAUCUGCUGCGACUAAACGAAUCGACGGGGACCUGGACCGUGUCUAACAUGACAGAUCCGGACGAAUACGCUUCUUUUGUUGAUAACGGAGCCUACACAAUGGCUCUGAUGCAAUACACGCUCCUCAAUGCCAAUGCUUUCAACUCGUACUUUGGGCAGUCACAAAACAGCCACUGGGAUGAGCAAGCUUAUGCUGUCGAUAUCCCAAUCGAUAAAAGCAGGAAUCUGACUCUGGAGUAUACGGGUAUGCCCAGCUCGAUAUCCAUCAAGCAAGCCGACGUUGUCCUCCUCACCUAUCCUUUGAACAACAACAAUAACGCAACAUUCAGCAAUCAGAUAGAAAACCUCCAAUACUAUGCUUCUCAGCAAGCCCUGGAUGGACCGGGAAUGACAUAUGCGAUCUAUAGCAUCGACUCUUCGGUUCUAGAACCUGAGGGAUGUGCGGCGUACACAUACGACCUAUACUCGUGGACACCUUAUAUUCAUGGACCCUGGUUCAAGACCUCCGAACAGAUGGAUGAUGGUGGAGGGGCUUAUCCCUUUUUCACUGGGAUGGGCGGCAUCCUGCAGAUUGAUUUGAUGGGGUACCUUGGUCUGCGCUAUGGUAUGACGCCCGGCGACGUGCAGGUGUAUCCAGACUUGCCGCCGCAGAUACCGUACAUGCGCUUUCCGACGUUCUAUGUUUCAGGUUGGCCUAUCCAUGCGGAAGCGACUCAAGAACACACGGUUCUCAGACGCUCCGGGGAGAAACCAUUGGCGACAGCAAACACGAAGUUUGGCUCAAAAAGCAUCACCGUUCGAUUGGCUCGUGGCGCAUCAGACAACAUCAAGACAUUCGAGCUUCCACCAGGUGGCACAUUAACCAUUCCAAACAUGAACUCGCAGACGAAGAAGAACGUCGUCCAGUGUCGUCCUGUGGUUCAUUCAGAGCAAGCAAAGACACCUGGUCAGUUUGUCCAGGCCGCAAUCGAUGGCUCGAAUAGCACGUCAUGGUUGGCAGAUGCCAAUAAGACCAGCAGCUUUACCGUCGAUCUGAGUGACGAAGGAUUCCAGGUGGUCAACAGCCUCUUCGUUCAAUGGACCACAGCACCCCCUGCCGAUUCAUUUGUCAUAUUCCACAACACUAGUAGUCUGAGCGGUCAGGACGUGACAAAGAUUAACCUGUCCUCUGGUGCUAUUACUUCCAAGUACAAUCGCAGCAGACUGGAACCGAGUCUUAUUCGGCAAGCCUAUCAGGGAUCUGUCAAUAUCAGCCUGGCUGGCAAAGGAGUUUGGACCGGACGAUAUGCAACCCUUCUCAUUGAUGGAAGUACUCAGCAAACGGGAGUGGCAGAAUGGUCUGUACUUGUGUGA